AGCAUCGUCUAGAGCUUCUCUCUUUUGGUCUCUUGCCCACCGAAUUUCGAUUUCCGACGUCAUAAUGGCUUCUCACAACGAUGAUGAUACUAUGCCCGAGGAGACUCAGGGCUACAAGCUCUCCCAGCCGAAACAGAGCUUAGCCGAGUACAACCAGAUGGAUGCCGGGGAUGAGUCUCUCCAGCGAUACAAGCAGUCCCUUGGCCUCAGCGGCGGCAAGGACCUCUCCGAUCCCUCUGACCCUCGAGUCUGCAUUAUUAUAGCACUCAUCAUGGAGUCGCCCGGCCGAGAACCCACCGAAAUCCGGCCUUCCAACGCCGAAGAAGUGAGGAAGCUCAAGGAGACCCCUUUCCGGAUCAAAGAGGGCGCCAAGUUCACCAUGAGCGCCGAGUUCAAGGUCCAGCACGAGAUCCUGAGUGGUCUUCACUAUGUCCAGGUUGUUAAGCGAGGUCCUGUUAGGGUCUCCAAGGACUCGGAAAUGAUUGGAAGCUAUGCUCCCAACACCGACAAGCAGCCAACUUAUAUCAAGAGGUUCCACGAAGAAGAGGCCCCCUCUGGAAUGCUCGCCCGUGGCACUUACGAUGCUGUCUCCAGCUUCGUCGACGACGAUAAGAAAAAGCACCUGGAGUUCGAGUGGAGAUUCAAAAUCGCAAGUGAUUGGGACUAAAAAUACCAGGAGGACUAUUUACACCUCCAGCUAGCUAUCCAACACCCCGGCACUAUGUAGAAUUCAAGCGUUAUAAUAAAAUGCAGAGGACUGAUCUUUUAUUUACUA